CUUCGAACAGACGUGCCAUCCCAUGGCGACCCCUGCCGCUUCGUCUCCGGCACCGGCGGCGGCGCCGCUACCGCCAUUCUCCGACGACGACGCGACCUCCGACGGGUCCACUGAGAGUGCGGUCAGCGUGUGGGAUUCACAAGAUUUACGGAGCCGUGCGGAGUGUUCCGAGGCAGAGCUGCUCGCCGCGAUGUCGGUAGAUGCUAGCCUUCUUCCAGCCCUCAACGAUUUACUCCUCGAGGUGUAUGCUGCGCUGCGGCCCAAGCCCAUCCACUACCAGCAGCGGAACGCCUUGGUCCAUGACUUCAGCAAGAUGACCACUAAAAUCUUCGGUAACAACAAUGGGUUUCCAGUCGUGCAAGCGUUUGGCUCAUUCACGAUGGAUUUGUUUACUCCCAAAAGUGACCUGGAUCUCUCUGUCAACUUUAGUGCCGAUACCGAGGAUCAGUGUCCUCGCAAUAAGAAGAUCAAAGUUAUCAGGAAAUUUUCCAAAGUUCUGUAUUCCCUCCAAAGGGAUGGAAUUUACUGCGGAGUUUUGCCUGUUGUAAGUGCCAAGGUGCCUAUUCUGAAUGUUAUUGAUAGGGGAACUGGCGUUGAGUGUGAUAUUUCGGUUGAAAACAAAGAUGGCAUGACAAGAUCGAUGAUCUUCAAAUUCGUUUCUUCACUCGAUGAAAGGUUUCAGAUACUAAGUUACUUGGUCAAGAUCUGGGCCAAGAUACAUGAUGUGAACAGCCCGAGAGAACAGACAAUGAGCUCGAUGUCAAUCAUUUCCUUAGUUGCUUUCCAUUUGCAGACCCGUCAUCCUCCAAUAUUGCCUCCGUUCUCUGCCUUGUUAAAAGAUGGUUCAGAUUCUGCAAACGUCGAGAAAAAGGUCUUGCUGUUCCAGGGGUUUGGGAGCACAAACAAAGAAACAAUAGCUGAACUGUUUGUAUCAUUAAUGAGUAAGCUACUAUCAGUGGAGAGUUUAUGGGAGCACGGGCUCUGCGCAAGCAAUUUCGAAGCAUCGUGGAUCUCCAAAACCUGGAAGAAAGGUGUCGGUAAUCUAAGUGUUGAAGACUUCUUGGACCGGUCACAGAACUUUGCGAGGGCGGUGGGGAAGGCGCAGAUGCAGAAGGUGUGCAGGUGCCUCACAGAGUGCGCCUCGAACCUGACAUAUUUCAUGAGGGGCAAGAUCAACGCUCGGAAGCUGAAGACCUGUCUGUUUGGGCGGCUGAACCCGGAUGAUCUGGUUAGCAAGCCCCGGUUAAGAGACAGCAAGAGGAAGCAGAACCCGAAACGGAACCUGGAGAGCAGACGGGGGAUGCAGAAGAGAGCAAAGCGUGCUGCUGUACAACAGGAGGACCAAGCUGAUGCUGCUCCUGCCGCGGUGGUCACGCCUCCUGUUGUACAGCAGCAACGUCCCACCCAGACCCCGACCCCGACCCGGUGUUGUAGCAGCGUGGGAAUGCCAUCGUGGCCUCUCGUCACCGUUCCUUCCGGUUUCGGCUACGGGUUAUCCGUCCGUCUGCCUGGCCCCGGGUUGCUGGGCCGGGCACCGGGCUAUUUGGCUGGAUCGGACGGUGGAGUUGAGCCACCGAGACAAGGCCCGCUUCUUCCAAUGCCAUGCUUCGCCAGAAUGGGUCGCCAGCGGAGUAGUAUUACAGCUGAGCAGCUCCAGUCCGGUGAGGUGAAGAAGAAGGAUACCGGGAGUUAGAAUCAUGCAGCUAACUAGCUGUGGCUGUAGAAAUCUGUUUGUGUAUUUUGGUCCGUGUUUGUGUAUAUUAUUUUGGGUCG